UUAAAACUCCGCACAAGAAAACCGCCAACCUCCUCGCCGGCCGGGUUGAUUCUCCGUCCGGAUCGCUGAUUAAUGAUGACGACAGGGACGAGAAUGCCUACGUGGAAGGAGAGGGAGAACAACAAGAAGAGGGAGCGGAGGCGCCGCGCCAUCGCCGCGAAGAUCUACUCCGGCCUCCGUAUGUACGGCAACUACAAGCUCCCCAAGCACUGCGACAACAACGAGGUCCUCAAAGCUCUCUGCAACGAAGCCGGUUGGACCGUCGAAGAAGACGGCACCACUUACCGCAAGGGAUGCAAACCUGUGGAUCGCAUGGACAUAAUAGGAGGGUCGACAUCAGCUAGUCCAUGUUCAUCAUACCAACCGAGUCCAUGUGCAUCCUACAAUCCGAGUCCAUGUGCGUCCUACAAUCCGAGUCCUGCCUCGUCUUCCUUCCCGAGUCCAGCUCGCUAUCCAGCAAAUGCAAACGGCAAUGCUGAUGCCAAUUCUCUCAUCCCAUGGCUUAAAACCCUCUCAUCGACUGGCUCAUCAUCUGCCACAUCCAAGCUCCCCCAACUCUUCAUUCCAGGGGGUUCCAUCAGUGCUCCAGUUACACCACCGCUGAGCUCCCCAACUUCGCGGACUCCUCGAACCAAAAGUGAUUGGGAUGAAGCUGUGGCUGGCUCAAACUGGGGUGGCCAGCAUUAUUCUUUCCUGCCCUCAUCCACCCCGCCAAGCCCUGGUCGCCAGGUUCUUCCUGAUUCAGGAUGGCUUGCCGGGCUUCAAAGUGGGCCAUCAUCCCCCACAUUCAGCCUUGUCUCGCGGAACCCUUUUGGGUUCAAGGAGGCCUUGUCAGGUGGUGGUUCUCGGAUGUGGACUCCUGGGCAAAGCGGAACAUGUUCCCCUGUAGUUGCUGCAGGUCUAGACCACACUGGAGAUGUUGCAAUGUCAGAUGGGAUGGCAGCUGAGUUUGCCUUUGGGAGCAAUGCAACAGGGUUAGUGAAACCAUGGGAAGGUGAGAGGAUUGAGGAAUGUGUAUCGGAUGAUCUUGAACUCACUCUUGGGAGCACUAAGACCAGGUAAAUGGGAUUCUCGGCUGAAUGUUGGUUCUCGAAGAGCUUCUUCCGUUUCUGGUCGUGUUUAAGGACUCAUCUUAGUGCUGCAGAUAGAGACAGGCUUGCGAGGAUGGAAUGAGAGAGUUCAACUUCAAUGUCCGGGUUGUUUAUGUCAGUUAGAAGUACAGUGACUAGGAGCAGCUGCUUUAUUUUCUUUUUCUUUUUCUCUUUUUCAUUUUUUGCUCAACAAAAGAGAAUUUAAAAUUGAAUUUAUAUAUAGUUCAUGGUGGUGUUUGCCCCUUAUGUUAAACUCAUUCUUCGAAUUUUCUUUUUUCCCUUGCCUCCUUACAGUUGGAAGGAUUGAUUUUUCUGUCUUGGAUGUUUGUUUGUUUCGGAUUCUGAGAUUGAGACAGAAUCUGAAUAUGGAGGUUAACC